AGGCGCAACAAUAUCUAAAUGCACUGAAAGUGCGAUGGAUGCAACUACACGAGAUGCCCGGCUUAUUCGCAUAUCAGCUGCGGGAGGAGCGCUUAAAGCGACAACUGCCCGGGCGAUAUGGUUUCCAUGUGGAGUUGAAUGCGGAUCGAUCGUUGAAACGUCGCGCACCACAAAUUAUAGACAAUUUGAAUCCUAAAUUUAAACCGCAGCAGUUCAAUUUCAAUAAAGUCGAUGGCCAGGAAGUGCUGCUGAUCAUCGAUGAUCUGAAGGAUAAGUGCGAGAUACAGAUGAUCAUCAACAAGAGUCCACUGACCAAAUAUCAUACACUGAUCUGUCCCGAUGUAAAGAAGAAUUUGGUACAACGCGUAACAUUAAAAUCGCUGGCUUUCUGCAUCAAUUUCCUGCGCAACAUUGAAGAACCCAAUAUGCGGAUGGGCUACAACAGUCCGGGAGCUCUUGCCUCCGUCAAUCAUCUACAUUUCCAUUUGCUGGACAUGCCACAAGAGUUGUACAUCGACAAAGUGAAUCUGCAGGAGAUUGCCGGUGGCUAUGCCUAUCGGUUGAAUAAGGAAUCGCCCACAGAAGCCGUUUGUUUUGUUGUUCUGGCCAAAGAUGAUGAGCAACAGGUGAUGGAGAAGGUGCAGAAUAUCCAUAAGCUGACCGAAUGGUUGUGCAACAACAAGUUGCCACACAACAUGUUCAUCACACAGCAAAAGAACUCCAACGAUCUCCGAGUAUUUGUGUUUGUGCGCGAAAAGUUUUGCGUGUCCAAGGAUGUGACGGCCUUCAAUGUGGGAUUCUGCGAACUGGCUGGAUUCAUUCCACUUUCAGAUGAGGAUAAAGUAAACAAUUUAACGGAGCAGAAGGUAAUUGAACGCAUUCGCUCUGUUACUGGAAAUGCCUACGAUGCUGUCUACGACCAGGUGCAACACAUUGUUAAUGGCACCGAUCAAUCGCUGUGGCAGCAACCGUUUACUUUAUAAGUAGUACACAGAAUUUUGUGAUUGUAGCUUAAAUUUAUUAAAUGCGGAAUACCAUUGUUAAACGGCCGCUGCAAUGAA